AUGCGCCGCGCGGGGCAGCUCGCCAAGAUCGUGCUCGACGAGUUCACCGGCGUCCUGAAGAUGGUCCCCUACGGCAUCCGAGCGAUGCGCACGCACAGGUCGCUGCCCGACGCGCGGGCCCCCGCGGGGAGGGACGGCGUCAGCAUCGCGCGCGACGUCCGGUACGCGGACGCGCCGCGCGCGGUCAUGGACAUUUACCUACCGGGCGGCGUGUCCAUCGACGACGCCGCGCGCGCCGUCUCCGAGACCGUCUCCGAGACCGUCUCCGAGUCGACCACCGCCACCCCGCGGGAUCCGCCCGCCGACGAUGACAAGCUCCCGGUGGCUCUCUUCGUGCACGGCGGCGUGUGGGCGGUGGGCGAGAAGUGGCAGUUCGCGCCCAUGGCGUCCAGGCUCGCGGAAGAGGGCGUGGUGACGUGCGUCGCCACGUACACCCUCUUCCCCAAGGCUCGCGCCGACACCAUGUGGCGCGAGGUCUCCGACGCAAUCACGUGGACCCUCGACAACGUCGACAGGUACGGCGGCGACGCCGACCGCGUCACCUUGCUCGGGCACAGCGCGGGGGCGCACAUAUGCUCCAUGGCGCUCCUCCACAGGUGUGGGGUCACUUCGGACGUCACGGCGUCGAAGGACGUUACGGGCGUUACGGUUGACCGGCGCCAGCCCAAGUGCUACGUCGGCCUGUGCGGCGUGUACGACGUCGCUCGACACUACGACUACGAGGACAGCCGCGGGGUGGCGCUCGUGAGCACGAUGGGCCGGUGCAUGGGAGGCGCGGGUAACUUCGAGCGGUGCUCGCCGCUGAGGGUGCUGAGGGCGAACGCGGAGGUCGUGGGAUCGAAUCCGGCGUUCCAGAUUUGCGCCGACGCCGACGCCGAGGAGCGAAGGAAGGAGCGAGAGCGAGCCGAAGCCGCCGAGUCGGCCGCCGCCGCCGAGUUGGCCGCGUCGAUCGCCGCGACGAAGAAGAAGGAGCACCACAUCGAAUGGGCGCCGAUGAGCAUGGUCAUGGACACGGACGGCGACGGCGACUUGUGCGUCCCCGUCGCGGACAUCGUCGAGGAAGCCGCCGCCGUCGCCGAGGCUCGGCUCGUGGAUUUGGAAAAAAAAUCAGACGACGGAGCCGCCGACGACGCGGACGCGACUCGGGGAUCGAACAAAUCGAAAGACUCCGCCGCGACGUCACACACGGUGACGCCGGUACCCGGCCCGCCCCCCGGCGCGCUCGCCGGCGACGACGCCGCGCGGAUGUCCGGGUUCUGGAGGCUAUCCGGAAGCUCUCCCGGAACUGACGGACCCGGACCGAACGAUGCGUCUUCGUCGGCUCCCGACGCGUCCGCCAUCGCCGCGCUGUCCGGGACGAACGCGCCGGGAUGCUUCCCGCCGACGUACCUCCUCGCCGGGUGCGCGGAUCACACCGUGCCGUGGUUCGAGUCCGCCGAGUUUCACCUCGCGCUUCGCGACGCGAACGUUCCGUCGCGCCUGUGCCUGUACCUGAAGGAAUCGCACGGCGAGUUCGUCGUCGGCUGGCGGCCAAAGCCCAAGCCGAACCCGGUGACGAAGACGAGCGCGUGGGGGGACGACGCGCCGGUGAACGCUUGGGGGGACGGCCUGGACGGCGACCUCGAGGCGCGGGGUCUCAGCGCGCACAACCGGGACGUCAUCAGGAUAAUCAAGUGCUGA